AUGCUCCCGACAGCACGACAGAGCCCCAUUAAAGAGGGAAGACGCAUCCUUGGCGACAAAACUCCCAACGCGUAUCUGUCGCCCGCACGCAAUCGGAGCGUGGAUGCUUUCUCGGCCACUUCACCUGUCAAACGCUCUCUCUUCGAGAAUCUCUCCCCUAAAAAACUCCUUCCUUCGCCAUGUCUGGUCGGGCAGAAACGCACAAUUGAUCAGGUGGACGACGAUUGCCGUGUAAACAAUGCGAGUGUGCAAGCUCGGCGUGUUGAGCAACGGACAGAAACAGACCACCAACGCAACGUGCAGGAAGCUCGUACGCAGAUUCCAGUUCAACAUGAUCGGUUACAACAACAACAACAACAACAAAAACAAUCCAACGCGAUGCCCUCAAAUGAUACCCCACAUACACAGUCACAACAACCACUCCCACCAAAACCACGCCAGCUCUCCUUGAAUGAUAUUGUGAACUUCAUCGAUACCCCGAGCCCAAAGAAAGCUCCCGCAGUCCACUACCCACGCUCCGUCCCAGAAGACCCCAGCACGCGCAAGUUGUUUAUCCAAGAGAAAGCUACCCUCCUUCGCAGCCGAAUCCAAAGCGCCAUGCGCCACGUCCGAGACCACCAAUUCGACCGCAGAUUAUCAGAGCUCGAAGCUCACAGCCGCAAAUUGCCCCGCCUCUCACUGCCCGCUGUGCAACCCCGACCCCAACCCCACGCCACUCCCCGGCUCCAGAAGCAAGACACAACCACCCACACAAUCACAACGACGGAACCAUCCUCCCCCGCGGACAAAACACCCCGACGCCUCGAGCCCGCCCUAGACCUGGAACCUACCUCGGACACCCCCUCCAACCCGGCCCCGCCCCCAGGCCUCUCAUCCCCACCCCUCUCUGCCGGCACUGGCAACCAGGAAGAUCCCAUGCGGACCCCGACGCAGCGAAGCUUCCGCCACCGGACAAACACGCUCGACUCACCGAUGCAGCUGAGUAGUCCGCCCGCGACGGUAUCGCGUGGGAAGCGGACCCUGGAUUUGACAGGGGAAAGUGACAAGCAUGAGACUGGGAGUGUGGCCACGCCGUCGCACAAAGGUGAUGCUGUGGACGGGCUGCUGAAGCUCAUGAACACGGCAGACCAAUGCGACCAGCCCGAGGCGUGA